AUGAGCUUCCCGCGGCCCCUGCGCCGCUCCGUCAGCCUGAGCCCGGCCCGCACCCUCCGGCUGGUGGUGCUGGGGCAGAGCGCCGUGGGAAAGACAGCUUUGACAGUGAGAUUCAUCACCAAGCGAUUUAUCGGUGAUUAUGACCCUACGUUAGAGAUGAUUUACAGGCAUACAGCAGUCAUUGAUGGAGAGAUGGUGCAUUUUGAAAUUCUUGACACAGCAGGACAGGAGGAAGACUCCCUACAAAUAGAAGAGAAGAUUAAGUGGGGGGAUGGCUUUGCGGUGGUUUACUCAGUCACUGACAGAUGCAGCUUUGACGAAGUCAUGAGGCUGUGUUUCCUCAUCAACCACAUCCAUUCCAGCCCGAAGAGGAGCAGUGGGACUGAGCAGCCACCAGUGGUGAUCAUUGGAAAUAAGAAGGACCUGCAGUUUGACCGGAUGGUGACCUCUGAGGAUGGGGAGAACCUCUCCAAGGCCUUGAAGCAUCCUUUCUAUGAGAUUUCCACCAGGGACAGCUACGAGGAGACUGUGAUGGUGUUCAACACUCUGUACAAUGAGCUGAUGAAGCAAGGGCAUUUUUCUCCAGGGACCUUCAAGAGGCGAGCUGUUUCUAAACUGAUGGAGAAGAUCCCUCGGAUUCACGCCAACUCAACCCUGACCUCAAGUGGCAGGAGCCUGAGCUUCAACUCUUUCAGAGACUACAUCCCAGAGUGAACUUUUGCACAGGCAUUGUGCAGUGGCGAGUAAUGCAUACAGGGACCAGCAGGAGU